AUGUACCGGGCACAAUCGUUUCCUUACUUCACGAUGUCGUUUCGCAGAUCAGCGAGCGGCUUCAAGAAGUUACUUCCCAUAUUCGUGGUGCUGGUCACCUUUCUAGCGUUUCGCUCCUACAUACCAGGUCGCACAGAGUGGAUGUCGAAAACAGACAAUCUCCAGUCUGAAUAUCUGGAAAGUGAUAGCUCUGAAAUAGAAGAAGAAAAUGACCAGCUUGUAAAUGGGGCUGGCACAACUGUCUUCGAUCAAAUCAGUGAUGGCGAAUGGCAAUCACCUGCACAACUGCAUCAAACUGCCGAGGAUGUGACCAUUGUGGCUGCGACAGCAGGAGAGGAAGAUACAAGUUGGAUCAAUGAAUUCUGUGAAGGAUACAAAUGCACUACCUAUCUCUAUUCUCUAGAUGAGAAUCCCCGUUCCGACUAUCUCAUCCCUUACUCCAGGAGAGGCCAUGAAGCCAGCGCAUACCUCACCUACAUUAUCGACAAUUACUACAACCUCGCCCCAUACACCGUUUUCAUCCAUGGUCGCGCCGAACAAUGGCACAACGAUGUUUCAGGUCCAAACACAGCCAGUGUACUCGCCAACCUCCGAUACGAGGCUGUGAAAAUCAACGGCUACGUUAAUCUGCGUUGCACGAACAGGCCUGGAUGUCCAAGCACAAUGCAUCAGGCUUUCCCUGUGACGCUUGAUAUGGACUAUCAGUAUAUGAUAGAUCAGAUUCCUAAAAUUCUUUGGGAACUUCUUGGAAUUCCCCCGAGUGAGGCCCCUGACGACAUUGGGCAUCAAUGCUGUGCCCAGUUUGCUGUUAGCCGCGAACGCAUUAUGGAAAAGCCAGUGGAGGACUAUAUCCGCAUUUUGACCUGGAUCGCCACAACCGACAUUACAGACAACUAUGGACUUGGCUGGCUGAUUGAGAAGCUUUGGCAUAUCAUCUUCGGCAUGCCUGCUGUCUAG